GACUGUUCGGCUCCAGCGACCGCAACAUCGUCGGGCCCGCUGGUGCCCUGAGUGGCAUGCUUACCACCUACACGAUCAAGUACAACGGCAUCGGGGUCUUGCCGUACCUGUCCCUCCUCUCGGCCUGCAUGAUCCUCGUCAUCUACAUGCUGAACCUGCAGCGUUACUCGCUUCUGAUGCCCACGGCCGUCUUCGAGGGCUUCACCCUGGCCGUCGCUCUCAUCAUUGGCCUGAACCAGCUGAACAUGGCGUUCGACUUGCAUCCCGUAGGGCAUCUACUUUGGCAAUCUUCACUGCGGCCGUCGGCAUUCGCCUUCGUUGGCCGGCUCGAGACGCUGAUCUCGGCCAAGAUCGCCGAGGCCGGAGCAGAAGAGGGCUGGGGUUCGAUUGCAGCCGCGAGUGACGCUGGUAUCUUGAUCUGUCACGCGGUCUGCGGUUAUAGUCGGCGGUCGGCGCCAUGCUCCAGGCGGUUUGUGAGGACUAGGUCAUCAGAGCUUCGCGGUGUGUGCUGUGCGUCCGUGGUUGCCAUGCCCGUCUUCUCGUACCUGCCGCAGUGCUCGGUGGCCGCGCUUCUCAUCUUCGCCUCCGUCCGCAUGGCCCCGGUCCGCUGCAUGGUCAAUCUCUGGAAGACGGACAAGGGCGGGCUCGGCCUCCUGGUGUUCACCUGCCUGAUCUGCGUCUUCACGGACCCUGUCUACGGCCUGAUUCUGGGCAUGGUCUUCGCCUUGCUUCGCGACGCCUCCCAGACGGCGCUCGCCGAGUCCCGUUUGUCGCUCUACUCGGGGGCCGACGAGGAGAACCAGGUGAGGCAGGUCGUCGUCACCGAGGGGGGUGACGAGCAUCCGGGCAUGACCUCGAGCAUGGUGGGUGAGAAGCAGGUCAUGCGCAGCGAGCAGAGCGAUCAGCAUCCGAGCAUGACGGCAACUUGCACUGUCGAGGCCAGCGAGUGCGUCGUGGUGUACGAGCCGGUUGGCCCCUUCGUCUACCUGACCCAGGAGAAGCACCAGGCGCGCCUGAAGGUCCUGCUCGAGCGCCAGCCCAAGGCCAUCGUGGUUUCCCUGGACCUGACGUCCCGCGUCGACAAGGACGGCUCGGACUCCCUGGGCAAGACCGUGAAGCAGAUCGUGGAGAAGGGCCUGCGAGUGGAGCUGUGCCUGCCUGCUGCCCUCGAGAGCACCGUUGCGGGCAAGGCCGCCUGGGUCGAGGGGCUCCGGGCCGCCGGUCACUACAACGGCAUCGGGGUCUUGCCGUACCUGUCCCUCCUCUCGGCCUGCAUGAUCCUCGUCAUCUACAUGCUGAACCUGCAGCGUUACUCGCUUCUGAUGCCCACGGCCGUCUUCGAGGGCUUCACCCUGGCCGUCGCUCUCAUCAUUGGCCUGAACCAGCUGAACAUGGCGUUCGACUUGCAUCCCGUAGGCCCCAAGCAUCAGCACCCGAACUUCUAUGAGAACGUCAUCGAGUCCCUCAAGAUCUUGGAUGAGCUGAGCUGGGCGCCGGCCAUCACCUUCGUGUUCCUUGCGGUGCUGCUCCUCUCUCUCGUGAAGUGGGUCCCAAAGGUCAAGGGCCAGCCGAUCCCGUGGACGGUGAUCAUCCCGCUCCUGACGAUCCUCCUCGGCUUCCUCUCCGACUCGGACAGCCUCGGCGGCAUCCGCAUCCCGACGCUCAAGGACAAGUACGGAGAGCUUAAGGCGAGGGUCGUCGUCCCCCCAGAGCAGUCCCUGGAGUUUUACGCGCAGGGCAACUACUUUGGCAUCUUCACUGCGGCCUUCGGCAUCGCCUUCGUGGCCGUGCUCGAGACGCUGAUCUCGGCCAAGAUCGCCGAGCAGAAGACGGGCUGGGGCUUCGAUGACAGCCGCGAGACGCUCGGUAUCAUGAUCUGUCACGCGGUCUGCGGUGCGGUAGGCGCCAUGCCUCCCACAGGCGUCUUUGUGAGGACGGCCCUGAACUUCUCGCUGGGUGCCACCCACAAGAUGUCGCAGGUCAUCAACGCUCUCGCGGUGCUCGUAAUCUCCGUGGUUGCCAUGCCCGUCUUCUCGUACCUGCCGCAGUGCUCGGUGGCUGCGCUUCUCAUCUUCGCCUCCGUCCGCAUGGCCCCGGUCCGCUACAUGGUCAAUCUCUGGAAGACGGACAAGGGCGGGCUCGGCCUCCUGGUGUUCACCUGCCUGAUCUGCGUCUUCACGGACCCUGUCUACGGCCUGAUUCUGGGCAUGGUCUUCGCCUUGCUUCGCGACGCCUCCCAGACGGCGCUCGCCGAGUCCCGUUUGUCGCUCUACUCGGGGGCCGACGAGGAGAACCAGGUGAAGCAGGUCGUCGUCACCGAGGGGGGUGACGAGCAUCCGGGCAUGACCUUGAGCAGGGUGGGUGAGAAGCAGGUCAUGCGCAGCGAGCAGAGCGAUCAGCAUCCGAGCAUGACGGCAACUUGCACGGUCGAGGUGGACCACCACGAUUCUCGGCUGUUGCUGAGGCCGUCACCCGCGGCGGCGAUCUUGGGGUCGCUGGCGGAGUCUUCGAGGAGAAGCCAGCGAGUGCACCAUUCUGAUGGGAACGUCCUUGAUAAGGCCAGCGAGUGCGUCGUGGUGUACGAGCCGGUUGGCCCCUUCGUCUACCUGACCCAGGAGAAGCACCAGGCGCGCCUAAAGGUCCUGCUCGAGCGCCAGCCCAAGGCCAUCGUGGUUUCCCUGGACCUGACGUCCCGCGUCGACAAGGACGGCUCGGACUCCCUGGGCAAGACCGUGAAGCAGAUCGUGGAGAAGGGCCUGCGUGUGGAGCUCUGCCUGCCUGCUGCCCUCGAGAGCACCGUUGCGGGCAAGGCCGCCUGGGUCGAGGGGCUCCGGGCCGCCGGGGUGCCUGAGGACAACAAGCCCGCCCCUGGCACUGACGAGAUCGGGGGCAGGCUCUCGCUGAAAACCAUGACUGGCGUCAAGCCUGCCCCCCGUGUCUUCAUGGAGAACUGGCAGGCGGCGCUCACCGUGGCGAUGGUCAGCGUGCCGCUCUCGAUCUCGCUCGGCAUCGCGUCGGUAGCUGGCGCAGACCCCGCCGCGCCGACAAUGGGUGUUGCCACCGCCUUCUGGGGAGGCAUCUGUGCAGGACUGUUCGGCUCCAGCGACCACAACAUCGUCGGGCCCGCUGGUGCCCUGAGUGGCAUGCUUACCACUUACACGAUCAAGUACAACGGCAUCGGGGUCUUGCCGUACCUGUCCCUCCUCUCGGCCUGCAUGAUCCUCGUCAUCUACAUGCUGAACCUGCAGCGUUACUCGCUUCUGAUGCCCACGGCCGUCUUCGAGGGCUUCACCCUGGCCGUCGCUCUCAUCAUGGACAAGUACGGAGAGCUUAAGGCGAGGGUCGUCGUCCCCCCAGAGCAGUCCCUGGAGUUUUACGCGCAGGGCAACUACUUUGGCAUCUUCACUGCGGCCUUCGGCAUCGCCUUCGUGGCCGUGCUCGAGACGCUGAUCUCGGCCAAGAUCGCCGAGCAGAAGACGGGCUGGGGCUUCGAUGACAGCCGCGAGACGCUCGGUAUCAUGAUCUGUCACGCGGUCUGCGGUGCGGUAGGCGCCAUGCCUCCCACAGGCGUCUUUGUGAGGACGGCCCUGAACUUCUCGUUGGGUGCCGCCCACAAGAUGUCGCAGGUCAUCAACGCUCUCGCGGUGCUCGUAAUCUCCGUGGUUGCCAUGCCCGUCUUCUCGUACCUGCCGCAGUGCUCGGUGGCUGCGCUUCUCAUCUUCGCCUCCGUCCGCAUGGCCCCGGUCCGCUACAUGGUCAAUCUCUGGAAGACGGACAAGGGCGGGCUCGGCCUCCUGGUGUUCACCUGCCUGAUCUGCGUCUUCACGGACCCUGUCUACGGCCUGAUUCUGGGCAUGGUCUUCGCCUUGCUUCGCGACGCCUCCCAGACGGCGCUCGCCGAGUCCCGUUUGUCGCUCUACUCGGGGGCCGACGAGGAGAACCAGGUGAAGCAGGUCGUCGUCACCGAGGGGGGUGACGAGCAUCCGGGCAUGACCUUGAGCAGGGUGGGUGAGAAGCAGGUCAUGCGCAGCGAGCAGAGCGAUCAGCAUCCGAGCAUGACGGCAACUUGCACGGUCGAGGUGGACCACCACGAUUCUCGGCUGUUGCUGAGGCCGUCACCCGCGGCGGCGAUCCUGGGGUCGCUGGCGGAGUCUUCGAGGAGAAGCCAGCGAGUGCAUCAUUCUGAUGGGAACGUCCUUGAUAAGGCCAGCGAGUGCGUCGUGGUGUACGAGCCGGUUGGCCCCUUCGUCUACCUGACCCAGGAGAAGCACCAGGCGCGCCUGAAGGUCCUGCUCGAGCGCCAGCCCAAGGCCAUCGUGGUUUCCCUGGACCUGACGUCCCGCGUCGACAAGGACGGCUCGGACUCCCUGGGCAAGACCGUGAAGCAGAUCGUGGAGAAGGGCCUGCGUGUGGAGCUGUGCCUGCCUGCUGCCCUCGAGAGCACCGUUGCGGGCAAAGCCGCCUGGGUCGAGGGGCUCCAGGCCGCCGGGGUGCCUGAGGACAACAAGCCCGCCCCUGGCACUGACGAGAUCGGGGGCAGGCUCUCGCUGAAAACCAUGACUGGCGUCAAGCCUGCCCCCCGUGUCUUCAUGGAGAACUGGCAGGCGGCGCUCACCGUGGCGAUGGUCAGCGUGCCGCUCUCGAUCUCGCUCGGCAUCGCGUCGGUAGCUGGCGCAGACCCCGCCGCGCCGACAAUGGGUGUUGCCACCGCCUUCUGGGGAGGCAUCUGUGCAGGACUGUUCGGCUCCAGCGACCGCAACAUCGUCGGGCCCGCUGGUGCCCUGAGUGGCAUGCUUACCACCUACACGAUCAAGUACAACGGCAUCGGGGUCUUGCCGUACCUGUCCCUCCUCUCGGCCUGCAUGAUCCUCGUCAUCUACAUGCUGAACCUGCAGCGUUACUCGCUUCUGAUGCCCACGGCCGUCUUCGAGGGCUUCACCCUGGCCGUCGCUCUCAUCAUUGGCCUGAACCAGCUGAACAUGGCGUUCGACUUGCAUCCCGUAGGCCCCAAGCAUCAGCACCCGAACUUCUAUGAGAACGUCAUCGAGUCCCUCAAGAUCUUGGAUGAGCUGAGCUGGGCGCCAGCCAUCACCUUCGUGUUCCUUGCGGUGCUGCUCCUCUCUCUCGUGAAGUGGGUCCCAAAGGUCAAGGGCCAGCCGAUCCCGUGGACGGUGAUCAUCCCGCUCCUGACGAUCCUCCUCGGCUUCCUCUCCGACUCGGACAGCCUCGGCGGCAUCCGCAUCCCGACGCUCAAGGACAAGUACGGAGAGCUUAAGGCGAGGGUCGUCGUCCCCCCAGAGCAGUCCCUGGAGUUUUACGCGCAGGGCAACUACUUUGGCAUCUUCACUGCGGCCUUCGGCAUCGCCUUCGUGGCCGUGCUCGAGACGCUGAUCUCGGCCAAGAUCGCCGAGCAGAAGACGGGCUGGGGCUUCGAUGACAGCCGCGAGACGCUCGGUAUCAUGAUCUGUCACGCGGUCUGCGGUGCGGUAGGCGCCAUGCCUCCCACAGGCGUCUUUGUGAGGACGGCCCUGAACUUCUCGCUGGGUGCCACCCACAAGAUGUCGCAGGUCAUCAACGCUCUCGCGGUGCUCGUAAUCUCCGUGGUUGCCAUGCCCGUCUUCUCGUACCUGCCGCAGUGUUCGGUGGCUGCGCUUCUCAUCUUCGCCUCCGUCCGCAUGGCCCCGGUCCGCUACAUGGUCAAUCUCUGGAAGACGGACAAGGGCGGGCUCGGCCUCCUGGUGUUCACCUGCCUGAUCUGCGUCUUCACGGACCCUGUCUACGGCCUGAUUCUGGGCAUGGUCUUCGCCUUGCUUCGCGACGCUUCCCAGACGGCGCUCGCCGAGUCCCAUUUGUCGCUCUACUCGGGGGCCGACGAGGAGAACCAGGUGAGGCAGGUCGUCGUCACCGAGGGGGGUGACGAGCAUCCGGGCAUGACCUCGAGCAGGGUGGGUGAGAAGCAGGUCAUGCGCAGCGAGCAGAGCGAUCAGCAUCCGAGCAUGAUGGCAACUUGCACGGUCGAGGUGGACCACCACGAUUCUCGGCUGUUGCUGAGGCCGUCACCCGCGGCGGCGAUCCUGGGGUCGCUGGCGGAGUCUUCGAGGAGAAGCCAGCGAGUGCAUCAUUCUGAUGGGAACGUCCUUGAUAAGGCCAGCGAGUGCGUCGUGGUGUACGAGCCGGUUGGCCCCUUCGUCUACCUGACCCAGGAGAAGCACCAGGCGCGCCUGAAGGUCCUGCUCGAGCGCCAGCCCAAGGCCAUCGUGGUUUCCUUGGACCUGACGUCCCGCGUCGACAAGGACGGCUCGGACUCCCUGGGCAAGACCGUGAAGCAGAUCGUGGAGAAGGGCCUGCGUGUGGAGCUGUGCCUGCGUGCUGCCCUCGAGAGCACCGUUGCGGGCAAGGCCGCCUGGGUCGAGGGGCUCCGGGCCGCUGGCGACAGCUGGUUCCCGCAAGGCAUCUUCCACCCCCUCCGCACACCUCGUGGGUCCGCGAUGACUGUGGCAGGGGUGCCUGAGGACAACAAGCCCGCCCCUGGCACUGACGAGAUCGGGGGCAGGCUCUCGCUGAAAACCAUGACUGGCGUCAAGCCUGCCCCCCGUGUCUUCAUGGAGAACUGGCAGGCGGCGCUCACCGUGGCGAUGGUCAGCGUGCCGCUCUCGAUCUCGCUCGGCAUCGCGUCGGUAGCUGGCGCAGACCCCGCCGCGCCGACAAUGGGUGUUGCCACCGCCUUCUGGGGAGGCAUCUGUGCAGGACUGUUCGGCUCCAGCGACCACAACAUCGUCGGGCCCGCUGGUGCCCUGAGUGGCAUGCUUACCACUUACACGAUCAAGUACAACGGCAUCGGGGUCUUGCCGUACCUGUCCCUCCUCUCGGCCUGCAUGAUCCUCGUCAUCUACAUGCUGAACCUGCAGCGUUACUCGCUUCUGAUGCCCACGGCCGUCUUCGAGGGCUUCACCCUGGCCGUCGCUCUCAUCAUUGGCCUGAACCAGCUGAACAUGGCGUUCGACUUGCAUCCAGUAGGCCCCAAGCAUAACGUCAUCGAGUCCCUCAAGAUCUUGGAUGAGCUGAGCUGGGCGCCGGCCAUCACCUUCGUGUUCCUUGCGGUGCUGCUCCUCUCUCUCGUGAAGUGGGUCCCAAAGGUCAAGGGCCAGCCGAUCCCGUGGACGGUGAUCAUCCCCCUCCUGACGAUCCUCCUCGGCUUCCUCUCCGACUCGGACAGCCUCGGCGGCAUCCGCAUCCCGACGCUCAAGGACAAGUACGGAGAGCUUAAGGCGAGGGUCGUCGUCCCCCCAGAGCAGUCCCUGGAGUUUUACGCGCAGGGCAACUACUUUGGCAUCUUCACUGCGGCCUUCGGCAUCGCCUUCGUGGCCGUGCUCGAGACGCUGAUCUCGGCCAAGAUCGCCGAGCAGAAGACGGGCUGGGGCUUCGAUGACAGCCGCGAGACGCUCGGUAUCAUGAUCUGUCACGCGGUCUGCGGUGCGGUAGGCGCCAUGCCUCCCACAGGCGUCUUUGUGAGGACGGCCCUGAACUUCUCGCUGGGUGCCACCCACAAGAUGUCGCAGGUCAUCAACGCUCUCGCGGUGCUCGUAAUCUCCGUGGUUGCCAUGCCCGUCUUCUCGUGCCUGCCGCAGUGCUCGGUGGCCGCGCUUCUCAUCUUCGCCUCCGUCCGCAUGGCCCCGGUCCGCUACAUGGUCAAUCUCUGGAAGACGGACAAGGGCGGGCUCGGCCUCCUGGUGUUCACCUGCCUGAUCUGCGUCUUCACGGACCCUGUCUACGGCCUGAUUCUGGGCAUGGUCUUCGCCUUGCUUCGCGACGCCUCCCAGACGGCGCUCGCCGAGUCCCGUUUGUCGCUCUACUCGGGGGCCGACGAGGAGAACCAGGUGAGGCAGGCCGUCGUCACCGAGGGGGGUGACGAGCAUCCGGGCAUGACCUCGAGCAGGGUGGGUGAGAAGCAGGUCAUGCGCAGCGAGCAGAGCGAUCAGCAUCCGAGCAUGACGGCAACUUGCACGGUCGAGGUGGACCACCACGAUUCUCGGCUGUUGCUGAGGCCGUCACCCGCGGCGGCGAUCUUGGGGUCGCUGGCGGAGUCUUCGAGGAGAAGCCAGCGAGUGCAUCAUUCUGAUGGGAACGUCCUUGAUAAGGCCAGCGAGUGCGUCGUGGUGUACGAGCCGGUUGGCCCCUUCGUCUACCUGACCCAGGAGAAGCACCAGGCGCGCCUAAAGGUCCUGCUCGAGCGCCAGCCCAAGGCCAUCGUGGUUUCCCUGGACCUGACGUCCCGCGUCGACAAGGACGGCUCGGACUCCCUGGGCAAGACCGUGAAGCAGAUCGUGGAGAAGGGCCUGCGUGUGGAGCUCUGCCUGCCUGCUGCCCUCGAGAGCACCGUUGCGGGCAAGGCCGCCUGGGUCGAGGGGCUCCGGGCCGCCGGUCACGUGCAUCGUCGUCGCCUCGAUGCGCUGCGCGCAGCACAG